AAGUUAAAGCAAACAGAAGUAUAAGACAUUUGUUGAAAACAGAAAGGAAAGAAAACGGGACUAGCAGUUUUGAAUCAAUCCCAAAUCAGGUCAAAAAGCCGUUCGUGAAAGCUAAAGAUGCGCGAAUAUAUAUGUACUCUGCCUUUUUAUACCCUGGUCAGUCUGAAACUAACAAUGUUCAUGAUGGCACACUGGAAAGACAUGGGUAUAUGAAUAUAAAGGCAUAUUUAAAACAAAAUAACGUGAUCGGAAGCAAUCAAUCGAAUCAUCACAAAAAACCCAAAGCAGUCAGAAAUAAAAACGGGGCUGAGAAAAGGCCAACAGAACAGAGAACCUUUCAGGGGCCCAACAAUAAACCUGCUCCAAGUUUUCCCGCUCCACAAUCGGACAGGGAGUCAACAGAUUUGAAGGUUGUCAUAAAUGGAUGGAGCCACGUUGGUGCUCUUCAAGAAAACAAUUCGGUCUAUGUGGAGACCCCGUUUACGUGCUGCGUAAAGCUAAAAAACGGUGACAUUUGGCAGUUUCCCUCAAACAACGCCCGGGCAGGCUGGUACCGAUUCCAGCCUGGGCAUCUCGAGCCACUGGAGUUCGUCUGUUCCUUCAAGGGAGAGGAGGAAGAUGUAGAGGGGGUUUCACUCGCCCAGGCUGGACACACGUGCCCAGAGAGUAGCCGAUUCUAUCUUAAACCCAAACGCAUAACGCUUAGAUCGAAACAAGGUAUCGCGGUGUCUGCCAAGGUAGCGUUCGGGUCCCUGAAUGCAGCGAGGAUAGUGGAGUGGUUUGAAGCGGUACGACUGAUGGGGGCCUCGCAAGUCUUUCUUUACACACACGAGCUGAACGCGGACGCACAGAGGGUGCUGGAUCUGUACAAGGAUGCUGGCUUCGUGCAGUACUUUCCCUUCGACUUUCCAGAGAGGGAUACUAACCCGCGCUCGUUCGUGGACGUGUCGGUUCAGAUAUGGAAAGACGAGGUGGUGGCGCUGAUAGAUGGACAAGAAAGGAUGUCCGAGCACCAGUUUGCCAUGUACCUAGACCUGGACGAGUUCCUAAUACCGCUGGGCUACCAACUCAAAAACUCGUGGAUAAAAUACUUUAACAAGAAAUUCAAAAGGGACAAGCGGCUGGCGGGGCUAAUGUUCCCUACACAACUGCACAUGAUGGACUGGGGUCCGACUGGCGGUGGGAGCAUGUAUAUAGAGAAGUUCAUGAAUGCCACAAACGGUUUGAUGGACCGACAAAAGUACGUGUUUAUGCCAGAGAGAAUAGAGCCCGGCACGUGUACCGCACACUCGUUCAUCUCCAAGAAGGGUUACAAAGACUUCCUCGCCUCUAACGUGAAUGUGAGUGAAGUGGGUACCCACCACUAUAGGAGUUGUCGGUCCGAGUGGAAGACACCAACCAAGGAGCUCGGCUGGUGGAAUGACGAUUACUUUGACGGAGACGAUAUGACCCAGUGCUUCAACUUCAUACGAUCACCAACACCUGUUAUAUCUAAAUUGGCUGACCUUAUAAGGACAGAGGUUAAACAUAUUCAACAGAAAUUGGAUUUAAAAUAUUAAUCAGUAACCUUGAAAGACUUUCUUUCUUGUUCCUGGUACCUUCUCCAGAAAGUUCAGAAAACCUUUACAUAAUAAAAUUGUGUUAAUGUCCAUCAAAAGCACAUGGCUGCAUGUGUAAAUGCGUAUUAUGUAUGUGAAACUAAUUUUUAUGUAACAUAGAACAUACAACAGCCUAUGUAUUCUAAUAAAGUAAUUCAACUGAAGAUAUGAGAAAAAUGUCUUCAAUUAUUUCCCUUUGUUAACAGCUCACUAAAAGAGCAGAACUUAAUUCCAUAUUUAGCCAGUCUACUACACAUAAAUGGUGAGGAAUCGUUAAUGGUAAUGGU